CCAGGAUACAACCAACUUCUUAACAUCUUCCUUUCUUACUUCCAUUAUUCCUUAAAACCCAGUCUCAGCCUGCAGCGACUUGUUUUGUUACGAGAACGCUCAAAAAUGGAACACUUGGUUCUUCUAGACGGGACCACUCUUGAAGGAGGCGGACAGCUUCUCCGCAUGGCUCUCGGGCUUGCCGCCUUAACGACCAGGCCAAUACGCAUCACCGAUAUUAGAGGCAAACGACGGGGCGGUAGUGGCUUGAAACUGCAACAUCUUGCAGCCGUUCAUUGGUUCGAGAAUGCUGCUUAUGCUCAAACCUUGGGAGCAGAGAAGGGCAGUCGGAACCUGGACUUCUUUCCCGACACAGGUCCAGAUAGUAGAGCCAAAGCACACAUGGCAGAGGAAGUGGAUAUCGGAAGCCCUGGCAGCAUCGGACUAGUCUUCCAGGCGAUUCUUCCUUUCAUCGUUUUCUUGGGACAUACGAAAAGCACAGAGCCUUUUCGGGUCUGCAUCAGAGGCGGUACCAAUGUAUCUCUGUCGCCCUCUCUCGAAUACAUCCAACAGGUACUCUUGCCUACUCUGUUGAGGAUUGGUUUACCACCGAUCACCGUUCAACUUGGAGAUCGUUGCUGGGCUGGACCAAGUCAAGAGAGGGGUAGCGUCAUUUUCGAAAUCACCCCUCUCCCAUUAGGAAUGAGCCUACCUGCUUUCACAUUCAGGGACCGUGGGGAUAUCGAGAGCAUCAAAGCGACAAUUCUCGCGCCAUCUUCUUGCUAUUUCCAAGCAGAAAGAGAAAUCCACGAGGCCAUCCAGACCUGGUUCCCAGCCCUUGCAAAAGAAUCACUGUCAAUUGAACUUUCCGACAGUGGCAAAGCAAGCCACCUUUAUCUACUCCUUGUAGCAACCUCCACAAAAGGAUACAAAAUAGCGCGUGAUUGGCUUUACAACAAGAAGGUCGUUUCUCUUCCUCGGGCUAUAACCCUGCUCAUACGCCAGGUCAGCUCCGAACUGGCCGCCGAAAUCAAUCAUGGCGGCUGUGUGGACGAAUAUAUGCGUGAUCAACUGGUGAUUUUCCAGGCACUUUCCAGUGGAUAUAGUUCCGUCGAUGGUGGCAAAGACAAUUCUGGGAAAAACGUGGUUCCAAGCUUACACACACAAACCGCCAAAUGGGUAGCGCAACGGUUACUCGGUGUCCAUUUCGAUGAAGAGGGUGGAUGCCACGGAGUGGGUUUAGCCGCUGGAGAGCAAUUUUCUAAAAGAGAAAAUUCCAGAGGAGAUACCCAAAAAUGA